AUCAUCAUUUGUUUUUUUUUUCCUCUCUACAAGAUUUAGCCAACUCAAUUUCUUAUUCCAAAAUUCAAGUAACUACAUAUAAGAAAUGUAUGUAAUCAAUCAAUUUUUACUUCUGUUUAAAUUAACCACAUUUUUUAAUGUUAUAAUUUGUGAAUCAUACCUUAUAUUUUAAAUUUGGCAUUACAACAUAAGUUGUUAACUCAACUGAAACAGUUAAUAGUCUUAAUAUAAUAAUAGCUUAACUCAAAUUUCAGAUAAGUUUUAGACUAAUCAAAAGAAUUGAAACAAUUUUUAGUUUUAUUUUAAUAAUAGUAAAAUAAAUUAAAAAAGGAAUUUAUAAAUUUAUCAAAAUUUAUCGUCUUCUCUCUAUUUUUUUGGAAACAGUACGAAAACAAAGAAGAAGAAGAAGAAGAUUCACCUUCAAACGAUGACCAAUCCUUAUCCAGAAAUUAUAAUCAUUCUCCUCUUCCUACUAGUCCCGAUCCAAUCCACUCGCCACAAAUCACCACAAACAAUAUCCGUCACCGACUUCGGCGCCACUGGCGACGGCCUUCGAUACGACACCACCGCGAUCCAAUCCGCCAUAGACGCGUGUUCCGGCAUUGAAAGAUGCCGCGUGGUGUUUCCUCCGGGAACUUAUCUGACAGCCACAGUCCGACUCAAAUCCGGCGUGGUAUUGGAAGUGGGAGUGGGCGCGACGAUACUGGGAGGCAUGAGGAUGGAGGAUUACCCUAGGGAGCAAUCGGAGUGGUACGUUGUGCUGGCGGAGAACGCCACCGAUGUGGGAAUCACCGGCGGCGGAGCGAUCGACGGACAGAGCUGGGGGUUUGUGGAGAGGUUUGAUGAGAAGAAGAAUGUGAUGGUGAGUUGGAAUCGGACUGGAGCUUGCUCCGGUGACGAGUGUAGGCCCAGGUUGGUUGGAUUCAUUGGUUGCAAAAACGUUGUCGUUUCCAAUGUUUUCCUAACCAAGCCUGCUUACUGGUGCCUACACAUAGUACGAUGUGAAAACAUAUCGAUUCAUGAUGUUCAAAUCUAUGGAGAUUUUAAUACACCAAAUAAUGAUGGUAUUGACAUUGAGGAUUCAAAUAACACAAUUAUUACAAGAUGUCAUAUCGAUACCGGAGAUGAUGCUAUCUGUCCCAAGACAUAUACUGGCCCUCUUUAUAAUUUAACUGCAACAGACUGUUGGAUUAGAACCAAAUCUUCAGCUAUCAAAUUGGGUAGUGCUAGUUGGUUUGAUUUUAAAGGUCUAGUGUUUGACAAUAUUACUAUUGUUGAUUCUCACAGAGGACUGGGAUUGCAGAUACGUGAUGGGGGAAAUGUAAGUGAUGUAACCUUCUCAAACAUUAAAAUAAACACAAGGUACUAUGAUCCAUCAUGGUGGGGAAGAGCAGAGCCUAUUUAUGUGACUACUUGCCCAAGGGACUCAAGUUCAAAAGAGGGCUCAAUCUCUAACAUAAACUUUGUCAACAUAACUGUGAUUUCCGAAAAUGGUAUCUUCUUAUCAGGCUCAGAAGGUGGAGAACUAAGUAAUCUGAGAUUCAUAAACAUGAAUGUAACUUAUAAAAGAUGGACAAAAUAUGAUGGUGGACUGGUAGACUACAGACCAGGAUGCCAAGGACUAGUUCAUCACAGCUCAGCCGGGUUGUUGAUGGAGCACAUAAAUGGAUUAGAGGUUGAAAAUGUUAACAUGAAAUGGUCUGGUGCUCGAUCAAGGCGGUGGAAUAUACCUCUGGAUUUCAGGUCUGCAACUGUAAAUAACAUAUCUAUGCUUAAUUUCCAUACUAGUUUGUUAAAACAGUGAAGAUACAAAAGAAGAUUACCAUGAUGCCAUGCCACUUGUGUUUAAGGAUGUAUUUGUAAAAUCAUAUAAACAGUUCAUUGGAUGAUAAAGAUUGCAAUGCUCUUCAAAAUUUA